GAUGAUUUGAUUUGAUUUGAUUAUUAAUAAAGUUAUUAUGAUUUCGUUUUUUCAACCCAAUUAAUCAAUUACGCAUGCGCAUCAAAAAGCACUACUUCCGGUUCUUAUUUCGUAAACUUUUAUUUUUGUUACAUUUCCAAAUAUUACGCAGUAACUAGACAUCUUGUACCUAAUCUAAAGCUGUCAACUCAAUAAACAAUAUGCCUAGAAGAGGUGGACGAUCUGCUUCCCCAAGGCCUUCGCCACCACCAGCCCGAGCCCGUGCCCCAGCCCCACCCCCGAGGCAAACCUCACCUGCUGUUGCCCCCCAAGCAGCCCCAGCCCCAAUGAUGGCUCAGCCUAAACAGCCAGGGAUGAUGGCACAAGUUGCAUCCACAGCUGCUGGUGUAGCUAUAGGAUCAGCAGUGGGUCAUACUAUAGGACAUAUGAUGACUAGUGGAGGAGGGAGUAACGAGGCUGCACCACAAGCGGAACAGCCUCAACAGCCACAACAGCCAAUGCAACAACAGCCCUACCAGCAAGCCCCAAUGUCCUAUAUGGACCAACAGGCUCAGCAGACCCAAGGGGGUGUCUGCCAAUUUGAACUGAAGCAAUUUAUUGAAUGUGCCCAAAAUCAAAGUGAUGUAUCUCUCUGCCAGGGUUUUAAUGAAGCUUUGCGACAGUGCAAGGUGGCCAAUGGCUUGCAGUAAUGCUAGACUGAUUAGGAAAUUGUAGACAUCAGAAAUAGGACAACUGAGACACGGAAAUACUAAACCAUUGGAACAUUUUAGUAAAGACAAGCUAGGCAGUUUUAUUUCAGUUUAUUUUAAGAGACUUAUCUGAAUAUUUUUUGAUGCUUGUAUUCCUGAAUACAAAUGUUGAUAGUGAUUUAAAGUAACUAAUUAAUAAUAUGUGGAGUCAGUUUUCGAAAAUUAUCGCUUGAUUCAUUGUUUUCCGGAUUGUUACAAUUGUUAGCCUUCACAUGUGCUUACUACUGCAUAUAAAUUCAAAAUAUUGAUUGUUAUCCUUUGAACUGCAUAAUCUAAGAUAGACGAGAACUAAAUUUAGACAAAACUUGUUAUUGGUAAAAGUUGAUGGUAUAUGAAAAUAAACAGUAUUUAUAUUAUGUAUAAAUAAAUUAAACAA